AUGUGCUGGCGGCGAACAUACCUGCUGCUGUUGGUUAUUCGGGUAUAUUUUGCGCUGUCUCCAAGCUAUCUACAUCCAGAUGAACACUUCCAAGGGCCCGAAGUCUUUGCAGGCCGGAUCUUCUCCUUUCCCUCUUUAUUGCCUUGGGAAUUCACUGCCGACAGGCCGAUCCGUAGCGUCUUCCCACAAUGGCCGACCUACGAGGUGCCAAUGAACUUCCUGAAAUGGUUCUACACGGAAACUGGAACACAGAACCCUCCUCCACAGCUUGUAUACUAUGCGCUGCGUGGAGUCAUGUUUCUAUUUAGCUUUGUGUUGGAGGAUUGGGCUGUAUAUGAAUUGGUUCCCUUACCACGCCAUCGCCGCGCAACGGUGGUGCUGGUGGCAUCCUCAUAUGUCACCUGGACAUAUCAGACGCACACCUUCUCAAACUCACUCGAGACUCUCUUGGUCGCCUGGAGCUUGGUUCUGAUUCGUCGUAUCGUUGAGAACAAGCGACAUUCCUCGCUCUUUUCGUGCGCUGUCUUUUCCUUGAUCGCAGUCCUAGGUGUCUUCAACAGAAUCACCUUUCCUGCCUUUGUGAUUGUUCCAGGGCUCCAGCUGCUCCCUCAUUUCUGGCACAGACCUUCCUCCUUUCUUUCAGUUGUCGGGUUCGGUCUGGUAUUUUUCUGCCUUGCCAUUUUGGUUGAUACAAGGUUUUACUCAUCUGCCUCUCUCUGGGAGGCCCUUCGCAAUCCCAUUAUCACCCCGAUCAAUAAUUUACUCUAUAAUUCCGACAAGUCCAAUCUAGCGCUCCAUGGACUCCACCCUCGGUACCACCACUUUCUAGUGAACUUGCCUCAACUUCUAGGCCCGGCGUAUAUAGCCAUGAUCUUAUCACUUUUCAAUCUCGCGGCCGUUCCAUCUUGGCUUAUGGACAUGCGCGCCGCUUCAGCCAUCUCGGCAACUGUCUUGCUCUCCAUUUUCCCUCACCAAGAACCGAGGUUCUUGAUUCCUUGUGUUCCUCUUCUCCUCAGUUGUUUGCGCAUUCGCAACACCCGGAGUUCUCGGUGGUUCUUGGUCGCUUGGGCUAUCUUCAAUGCUCUUUUGGGAUUUCUGAUGGGAGUAUACCAUCAAGGAGGAGUCGUCCCUGCACAGCUUGCGAUGCCGUCUAUUAUCUCAGAAAGUGUCCAAGCGGCAGAUCGCGGCUCGCUCAACACUCAGCUCGGAGCAUCCGCCACUGUGCUCUGGUGGAAAACCUAUUCCCCCCCUCUAUGGCUCCUAGGGAACGACUCCACCUUUCUAUUCGAUAUCCAGACGCGAGACUUGAUGGGUUGCCCAGGACCAGAAGUGGUUGCGGAACUCGACAAAAUAGUCCCUUCAUGUCAAGAGAAGGAGAAUACCCAAAGUCGCGACGUAUCCCCACGCUCGGUGUUCGUGGUUGCCCCCAAAUCUGCUGCAUUUUUGGACCAGUUCGUGGCUCCAUUAACCUCAUCAUCCGACCCGUCGGAUCUAGAAUUGCAUGAGGUAUGGUAUUGGAGCAAACACCUCAACUUAGACGAUCUCGAUUUCGGUACUGAUGGCAUCUUGCAAACACUUAAAAGGAUGACCGGAAGAAGAGGUCUAGUAGUGUGGGAAGCCCGGAGAGCUGGAUGUGCUUAG